GGGGGUGAGAAAGACGCGCGCACGUGAAUAACUGGAGGUAAUAUCGCCAGUUAACUACGAAAACUUCGAAAGAAAAUCAACUGAUUCAAUAGAAGCACAAGAGCAAAUCAAAAAUGAACUUAGACACAACGCUUUAUUUAACCGCAAGAUCAAUCACUACGACACUUCUGAAGUCGAGCAUGCGCAGUACAUGCUAGUUAUUAAGGGUGUAUAGCUUAAAAGUCUGUUAACCCUUUGAAUACUCUUAUUCUCUAUAGCUGCUCGACAAGGAAAGGCUCAAACUUUUCUGAGGCGUGUUAUUUUUUGUCCUGAUAAGAACUGCCUUGAUCCCUUUUCAUCCACUCACGAUCAUCACUCAUCACCAUGCAAUAGCGAGAGUCUUUCCCCGAGAUAGCGGUGUUCAGCGCAAAUCAAUCUAGGGGUUAACAGCCUCGUAACCUCGACACUUCAGAGCAACAUGGGCAACUUCUUGAUGAGUUUCCCUAGAGUUAACAACGCGGUGAACGUGUUAGAGAAACAUUCCACUAAACGCUCGCUACAAGGAUUGAAUAAAGAAGAAAUAAUGCUAGAGAUGCAAGGGCAAAAACAGGAGCGGUCAGAGCUCGGGAAAACGCCUCCCGAUGAAGCCAGAAAGAAUGACGCUGUACAAAUCGAGGAUGAAUGUUCAGACUACUUGCACGAAGCUGAAGAAUACUUGAAGGAGGAGCUGGACCGUAAUCACCAAAAAGAAGACGAGGGAAAAGAUAAAACUACCAAGGGCACUACCAAAGAAGGUUCGAAGACAAAGAGACGUAAUCCGUUCAAAAUCAGUUUUUUCAAAGCAAGAAAAGGGGGCAUCAGUCGUGAAGUUCUCCUUCUGCUCGUUGUGAUCGGACUUAUGUCUGUCGUGUCACUUCUCUUGAACAUUCUAACUCUGGGGGGCGCUUUUGAUCACAACAGAGGAUACACAAAGCAAGACCCUUCCCAGGGUGCCUUGCUGAAGAGAGUACAAGAGAUGAAGGCGAACGUGUCAAGACUAAAGACAGCGAUGAAGCACCCAGAAUCACUCGAGAAAAUCUGGACCUACCUCAACUUUACCCUUGAUGAGCUGGAACGGCUGGCAGUAAUGCGAGGGAACUGGGUAAAAGUCGAACAAAGGCUAUUCCAACAAACCUUGGUCAUGACAUCAUUUAAGGCGAAGCUUGAGAUGCUUAACAAUACAAUUCAAAAAGCAGUCGCAGACAGGCAAGAAAACAAGAGCCAUGGCGCAGCGGGUCCUAAGGGCGAUAGGGGUCCCGCGGGCCCACCAGGGCCGCGUGGCCUACCCGGUGCCCAGGGACCUCAAGGGAUACAAGGCACUCCCGGCGUUGUAAACUUUACGCUUUGUGAAUACGUCAAGAAGUCAAGCACGGCAGUCAGCGCAGGGACCGGUGCCGAUAGUGAUGUCGUCGUCAGGGAGCCACCGGGUCACGUGCUUUUCGGAGUCACGUGCUCAACCAACAACGCUAAGCAGUACAUCUACGACACCUGGAUGGACCAUGACAUUAGAUUGUUCAAAUGCCACUGCAAAGGACAAUCCGACAACUUCGUCAGCGGCGUCAGAAUGUAUUGUUAUAUGUUCUACUGGCAGUGCCCACAUGAAUAGAACUAAAUUAUGAGCUUUCAUUACAAAACGUAUAUUUUAGUGUGAAACUCUUGGGCAGACAAUAGAAGUUAUAAUAUAAUAAACUUAUUUCACGAGAUUUUAUAUAACAACCGUUCAAACUGUUUUCUAACUUUUGGCACUCAAAUACUCUACUACAAAAUGACAAAAAAGAUGCUUAGAAAUACAUGAGUUGAAUUACAAGAUUGUAAGGGAAUCUAUAUAACACGUAAAUCGAAAAACUAAGUAUACUCUUCUAAAGGGACAGGUAAAAUAAUAACAAAACAUCCAAUUUUAUGAGAAGAAAUAAUCUCGGCAGAGCUUUCAAGUACUAAACCGCAGUAGACGCGGAAGAGCUCUUACAAGUACUAAACAGCAGUAGACGCGGUAGAGCUCUUACAAGUACUAAACAGCAGUAGACGCGGUAGAGCUUUUACAAGUACUAAACCGCAGUAGACGCGGUAGAGCUUUUACAAGUACUAAACCGCAGUAGACGCGGUAGAGCUUUUACAAAUACUAAACAGCAGUAGACGCGGUAGAGCUUUUACAAGUACUAAACAGCAGUAGACGCGGUAGAGCUCUUACAAGUACUAAACAGCAGUAGACGCGGUAGAGCUUUUACAAGUACUAAACAGCAGUAGACGCGGUAAAGCUUUACAAGUACUAAACAGCAGUAGACGCGGUAGAGCUUUUACAAGUACUAAACAGCAGAUACCGCAGUAGACGCGGUAGACAGGGAUAAGCCACAAUAGAGGUGUAGGGGAUGUAGUUGUACGGUAUUCGAGGAAGGCAGGAAGAGAAACGAAUUGCAAAUGGAAAUAGUGGACAAGUUAUUGAAGGGAGACAUAACGUGCGCGCAUAGGAAAGGGUGAGUCGUCGUGAAGGGAAAGCCUUUGAACUUGAAUUGACGGAAUUGAUGGUAAUGGGUGUAUGGUUUAGCACGUCGGUCACAAUAAACAUACGGAAAAAUCA